AUGUCUACCUUCACCGCGCUUAAUGGCGCUUCAUCCAAGCUGACAGAACCUCCGGCGGCGCCGGGUGAUAAAAGCUCCUUCGCAGAUGAACGCCUCGCCAAUUCAACGUCAGCUGCACCAACAUCGGCUGCCCCUGAGCCGCAGGCGGCAGCAGCAACUCCUCAACGGGACACUCAACGAGACUCUCAACGGGAUUCAUGGACGCCCGGAAGCACGAUACACGUUGCAACCUAUCCUCUAGAAGUCGAGGGCUCGCAUAAGCGCAAGCGCUCGGCUUCUGUUGAGAUGCGAAGGGAAUUUCCAGCACAAGAGCGUACCCCGGAUACUGCAACUGUUCCGACGCACGCUGAUGCUCGCGAUCACUAUGGGACCCCCCAGAGAGACUACCGGCCCUAUGGUGACGAGCAGCGGGAGCGUGAUAAGGAGACGUGGUACUCACAUCAAGCUCGAGAUGAUAGAAAUCCCUAUGACACUCAGCAAAAUUCGGCCAUCUCAGCGCAAGGCAGCACGGAUGACCAGAUUGGCGAAGCUUUGAGACGGGCCACAAGCCAAAUGGAUCAUAGCGACUACACCAACACUAGUCCUGACGGUGAUGAUCGCUCAAUUCUCUAUGGAAGCUCAUACAGCGACCACAGAGGGGACUCGAUUUUGCAGCACGAUCCCAAGAAGCGGAAGCGAAAUUUCAGUAACCGUACCAAAACGGGCUGCCUGACGUGUCGGAAGAGGAAGAAGAAGUGCGACGAGCAGAAGCCAGAGUCAUCGACCAUCCCGAGCGCUUCAGUGACGAGCCCGGAAAACAAGCUCUCUGCAUUGCCUUAUACUCCUGCAAACGUCUUCCCCACGCCUGUAAGCGCCAAUACCCAGGCGCCACCGUUUGGAGAGAGGAUGGCAAAGGAAUAUCAACGAGUGCCUCCGCUGCACGACUUGAGCCGAACCGAGCCUGAAACGCCUCAUCCUGGCAAUCCUGGCAACCAUCUGCCACAAAUCAACAUCCUGCACCCGACGAGGACCAAUAGCCCGACACCCCGCCCGCAGCCUCCUGCAACUUCAAACGCCCAGAUGGCUGCUCAGCUCGCCCUCUCACAUUCGCAGUUCCCGCCUCGACGAACCCAAAAGGAGGAGAUGCUUGCCGGAAGACACUAUUAUCCAUUCGAUAAGGAGCUCUGUCUCGAACGGGAGCGAUGUGCUGCCGCCUGUUGGAGAUUCAACAAUCUUACGACCCCUCCUACGAAUGGUAUUUCUCCUGAAGAGCGAGCGCGCUUGUUCCUGGAAAUCCUGCAGCCUCGCGAUCCUGUACGUGUGUCUCCCACUAUUGCGUCUCCAGUUACAAACAUUGGACGGGUCGGCCGCCAUUGUAUUGUAGAAACACCCUUUGUCUGUGACUAUGGGUACAACAUUACCAUCGGCAAUGACGUUGUCAUUGGACGCAACUGCACAAUUAACGAUGUCUGUGAGAUCAAAAUUGGGGAUAACUGUGUCAUCGGCCCAAACGUCAGCAUCUUCAGUGCCUCCCUUCCCACCGACCCGAAGAAACGCCAAGGAGGACAGGGCCCACAAGUUGGAAGGCCCAUUGUCAUAGAACAAGACUGCUGGAUCGGUGGCGGUGCCAUCAUCUUGCCUGGCCGGACCAUUGGCAAGGGAAGCACUGUAGGAGCCGGCUCAAUUGUCACCAAGGAUGUACCUCCCUUCACUAUCGUGGCUGGGAACCCUGCACGCGUGCUUCGCGGCAUUGCGUCGUCUUAA